GGAGGGUAACCUUCCUCCCUGGUUGACUUUGCAUAAAUGUUCUAUUGCAGCUUGAAAUAAUCUCUGGGGAAAUAAGUUUCCUCUGGGAAAAGUUAUUCUAUUGUACAGUUAUUCUAUUAUAUUCUACUCACGCUAAAGCAUAUAGUCUACACUUUAUAGUGUAAUUGGCAAGGUUUAUUGAUAAAAAGUGACUUUUUCCAUGGCUACCCAUGAUAUAUUCAUAUGAUCGUUUUAUAUUUGUUUGUUCAAAUUACAUCCGUGUACUGUUCGUUCAAUCAAUAUCCGAAUUUAUACAACUAAAACGGAUAAUCAUUUCGACUGCAUUAAUUCAUUUUUCUUAUGUAGUCCACAAGAUUGAACAGAGACGGUGUGGGCGUAGAGAGGAGGGGCUGCAACAUUAUACGUCGCUAGCUGUUUUCAAAGUAAAAGCUGUGUGACGAAUGUUACCUAACCAUAUCCGGCUAGCUAGCUUUCGCAGGUUAGUUAUAAAUUAAGGCCACCAACAAGUAAUGUUAGUUAGCUAACUGCCUUCAAUUUUUGGUGGCCUUACUGACAGACAAGACACGAAGCAUUGAUCUAAAAGCUAGCUAUAUCAUACCAAACAGGUGUGUGUGUGCGCACGUCUGUCUACGGUAAAUUACAAGGAUCGUUCAAGACUAUCCAGCCCCAGCUAACACGGCUUGACCAUGACCCUCUCUCUGCCAUCAGAGAUGCAGAAUUAGACUCCCUUACAAUCCCUCACAUCCUACACAUGUUCAGUAGAGAAGAACAUCCAUAGACAUGGAGCUGCUGCAGCAGCUAGACCACCUCCUACAGGUGGCAGUGUUUCCCGACGUGCUCUGUUAAGAGGGUAUGUAUCUGAAGGCUCUAAAUUGUGUGUUUGUGUGUGUAGGAACUGAGGAGGCAGACUGUCUUCCCUCUGUCUCCUCUGAAGGGUUCUUCUCUGAAGGGGUUAGUGUGUGAAGGCUCUAGCCUGCUGCUUCUAAUGUGGCUCCCUCUGAGGAAGAACGUCCCGAACAACAUGACCUUGUUUCACCAGGACCCUCACAUCUCAACCUCCACGUGUGUCAGUUAUUUUAGUCACUGCCCUACUUGUACAUUUUGUUAAAAAAAAUUGUGCGAGGUGUGUUCACUGUUCCAUGAAGUUGAUGUGUUCUCAGUUGUUUGAUUUAAUUUAGUUGUCAGACACUUCCACCCAAAUGCGCGAAGAGUCUGGUGGGCCAACGCGUCAAACUGUGGUCAGAGGGAGCUGGGGUGCAGACGAUGGAGGUGUUUGGUGUGGAGAGGACAGUGGAGGACAUCCCAGCCACUUGGCAGUGUUGGCACUGCUACUUCUUACAUGACGGAGGUGAGGGAUGAUAAGCCAGUGUUUGAGAAGAGGCGUCUGGUGUGGGAGGAGUACAUGCAGAUGCACUCCAAGUUCCUGGACAGAAAGGAGGAGUUGAAGGUGGAGCAUGCCUCGUACCUGCGGAAGCACCCGGCGAUCCGCGGCAUGAUGGCUGACUUCUUUGCAGUUCCUGUUACUUCAGAAACCGAGCAACGUCUUCAUGUUCACCCUCAAACUUCGCCUCCCACCGACCCCCGAGGGGCACCUUCAACACCUCACCUUGAUGACACGCUGUGGCUGCAUGUCAAUAGUCUAGUUAGGAGCUUCCUCUCAGUCACUUUAGUGAGGACAAUACUAUUCUGGUUAGCACUUGACACUAGUAUGUACAGAGGCCCUCGAUCAUCAAAUAUUAAUGCUUUUAUGGAUGUUUUGUGAUACUGUUCUACUGUUUGUAUUAGCUGCACUAAAACAAAUUCCAAUCAACUUUGUUGAUAUGGCAAUCGCAAGAGUUGUCAGUUGGUGUGAAUAAAAUACAAUGUCAUGUCCUGUAUAUUUUCCAUGCUUUUUUUGAUAACGUUAUCUUUGAGUGCGACACUUUCAGUAACUGCUACUUUGCUUUGGCUCUGUGAUCACCCCAUACAUUUGUAUCAAUAAAGUUAGAAAUGAAAGUAA